CCAGGGGCCAGCGGGCCUGGGCGGUUGAACAGACUACCAGGAAGUAACUGCUAACACACGCACCUCGAGGGCCCACGUUGGCCCAUGCCUGUGUUUACAACUACAGUACGUCCUUUGAAUGAAAGUAUCACAUAGCAACGCGUUUCUCAGUGAAAUUGAUAUAUUGUCCACGUGUAUCAAUUACAUCAGGUGGCUUCUUUUCAACCAUCUUCUCCAGUUUAUUUGGUACACGGGAGAUGAGAAUUUUGAUUUUGGGAUUAGAUGGAGCAGGAAAAACAACCAUUCUCUAUAGAUUACAAGUUGGUGAAGUUGUUACUACAAUUCCUACAAUUGGUUUCAAUGUUGAGACAGUGACCUACAAGAAUCUAAAGUUUCAAGUCUGGGACUUGGGAGGGCAGACAAGCAUCAGGCCAUAUUGGAGAUGUUACUAUUCUAAUACAGAUGCAGUCAUCUAUGUGGUGGACAGCUGUGACAGAGACAGAAUUGGAAUUUCAAAGUCUGAGCUUGUUGCCAUGUUGGAGGAAGAAGAACUAAAGAAAGCGAUUUUAGUGGUGUUUGCAAACAAACAAGAUAUGGAACAGGCUAUGACUCCAACAGAAAUGGCAAAUGCACUUGGACUUCCUGCACUCAAGGAUAGGAAAUGGCAGAUAUUCAAAACAUCUGCAACUAAAGGCACUGGACUCGAUGAGGCAAUGGAAUGGUUGGUGGAGACUUUGAAGAGCAGACAGUGAAAUGGACGAAGUUUUCCUUCUAUAGUCAGAGUGAAUGCAAUGCUGUAAAUAGGACUGACAGAAUAUUUACCUUUUGAAAGAGAUGGGGGUUUCUGUGAAUUGUAAAUCACACUGAAUCAAUUGAAUGUCUGUAUACUAUGUUUGCUCCAUUUCUUUUAACUUGUGUAAGUUAUAUAUGUAACAUCAAUUUUUAUGACAGUCAUAUAAUCGAAAAAUAGAACAUGAGAAAUAUCUGGGGAAAAACUUUGUUACUGAGAAUUGAGUGUUUGAAACUAUUUAACACUAAUAAAUAUUUAAUGACCACA